AUGGCAAAGUCAGCUAAUGUCCUUUCGAGAAGGCGCUUUCAUAUCGUUACAUCAACAAUGCCUCUCGCAAUCCAAGCUCUCUUCGUCGCUCUUCUCUUCUCUUCCAUUGCUUCAGCAGCUAUCGUCGAACAUGUUUUCCACAUCAAAAACGUCUUGGUGAAGCCGUUGUGCAAGGAGCAAAUGAUACCGGCCGUUAACGGAAGUCUUCCCGGUCCAACGAUAAACGUUAGAGAAGGCGACACUCUUGUGGUUAAUGUCAUCAACAACUCAACCUACAAUAUAACUAUCCACUGGCACGGAGUGUUUCAGUUGAAGAGCUCAUGGAUGGACGGUGUGAAUAUGAUAACUCAAUGUCCGAUUCAACCAAGUAAUAACUUCACGUAUCGAUUCGAUAUCACCGGACAAGAAGGUACAUUAUUAUGGCACGCACAUGUUUUAAAUCUGCGAGCGACUCUUCACGGGGCUCUCAUCAUCCGUCCCCGAUCUAGGCGUCCUUACCCUUUUCCUAAACCCUACAAGGAAGUUCCUCUCAUUUUUGGACAAUGGUGGAACAUGGAUGUUGGACUUCUCAACAUACGGCCAGCUCCGCUCUCCGAUGCUUACCUCAUCAAUGGCCUUGCUGGAGAUUCAUAUUCUUGCUCUAAGAAAAGGAUGUUUAAGCUCAAGGUAGUACAAGGGAAAACAUAUUUGCUAAGGAUUAUAAACGCAGCGCUCAACAGUCACCUUUUCUUCAAAAUAGCCAAUCACAACGUGACAGUUGUGGCUUUAGACGCUGUCUACACAACGCCUUACGUUAGCGAUGUCAUGAUCUUAACACCUGGACAAACCGUGGACGCACUUUUGACCGCGGACCAGCCCUCGGGAUUGUACUAUAUGGCCAUCAGCCCUUACACUAGUGCACAUGGACAACCGUUCCCGGCCCAAGUCACCCGAGGCCUAAUCAUCUACGAGGAUACUGUCAAAUCAUCAUCCUCAGUGAUGCCAUUGAUGCCUGAGCUGAAUGACAUAUCCACUGCUCAUAGGUUCUCCUCGAACAUCACCGCCCUGGUGGGUGGACCCCAUUGGACGCCAGUGCCUCGCCAUGUGGACGAGAAAAUGUUCAUAACGGUUGGGUUUGGCUUAGAGCCAUGUCCUUUGGGUACUAAGUGUCCUGGAUACUUAGGUCAACUCUACGCUGGCUCUCUCAACAACCGUUCAUUUAUGUAUCCGGAAUCAACUUCUCUGCAAGAGGCUUAUUUCUACAACAUCACUGGAAUCUACACCGACGAUUUCCCCGACCAGCCACCGCUUAAAUUUGACUAUACAGAUUUCGUAAUGCGUACGGAAUCUGACUACAAGAUGAUGUUUCCGGAGAAAAGGACUAGCGUCAAGACACUUAAGUUCAAUUCUACAGUAGAGAUCGUUGUGCAGAACACAGGGAUAGUCACCACGGAGAGCCACCCAAUGCACCUUCACGGCUUCAAUUUUUAUGUGUUGGGUUAUGGAUUCGGCAACUACGAUCCAAUCCGCCAUGCAAGAAUGCUAAAUCUACUUAACCCGCAAAUGCACAAUACCGUCGGUGUACCACCAGGUGGAUGGGUUGUCCUCAGAUUUAUCGCCAAUAAUCCUGGUGCAUGGAUGUUCCAUUGUCACAUGGAUGCACAUUUACAGUACGGAAUUGGUAUGGCUUUCAUAGUUCAAAACGGGGAAACGAGCUUGCUAUCUCCGCCGUCGAAUCUUCCACAAUGCACUCGGGAUCCAACGAUUUAUGACUCUCCCACGGCUAAAGUUGAUUUUUCUUACUAG